AUGAAUUGUUCUGAUAACGGCUGGAAAUAUACAUUUUCUGAAUUGUUAAAACUUGGUAUUGAACCGAGUACUCUAUUAACAUGGGGUAUUUCAAUUGAACAAGCAAACUCUUAUGCUGUUUGUAUUAACAAAUCAAGUGAAAAUGAUUCUAAAAAUCAGUUCAUAUGCAAUUGUACUAAUUCUUCAAUAUUCGGAAAAUAUUGUGAAUAUCAAUUUUAUACUGGUACAUCCUUCAAAGAAACAAUCUUUCAACAGUUCAAUCAUAAAGAAAAGCAUCCUAGCGAAAGUCAGUAUCAAGAAAAACGUACAUGUUAUACAUCGUUCGAAUGUGAUUCGGGAUUGAUGUGUCUUGAUUGGCGACAAGUGUGUGAUGGCAUACAGGAUUGUAUGAGAGGUGUUGACGAGGAGAAUUGUCAUAAAUUAGAAUUUAAUGAAUGUGACGAGAAUGAAUAUCGUUGUUCAAAUGGAAUGUGUAUACCAGAAGAAUAUUUUCUCGACGGCGAACCUGAUUGCAUGGAUGGUACAGACGAAAAGUUUUCUAACAGGCGGAACAAUGUUGUUCCUGGUCACUUUCUGUACUGUCCUUACCAUCCGAAUGUCUAUUGUGACGAACGUUCGUGUUUGAAAUACCAAUAUUCCUGUGGUGAUGGACAAUGUUUGAAAGACGAAUGGAAUCGAUUGCAGUCAACGUUUUAUAGCAACGUUACGGGAACAUGUUACAUGUAUCGUAAUAUGAAUUAUAUCUGUGGUGAACUUGGUCAUUUAUGGAGUAAUGAUGGUGGAUUCUGUCGAAUAUUCCGUAAGGAAAAUCGGUUAAAUAUGACUACAAAAGAUCAACAAUGUCAAUAUCUUGUGACAUGUGCACUAGGAAAAGGUAUGCCCGGUGGUUGUCCUUGUGGAGUAGGUUAUAGGGAAAGAAACUGUUCUGAUCGUAUAAUUCAAACGUGUACACAGACAAUUAUGUAUCCACAACAGAAAGUAUUUCAACCGUUCAUCUUCAGAAUAUACUUACGUGAUCGUGAUUGGUCAAGUGAAAACAAAAAGGCAGAUUAUUUGUUUUUAAAUGGUAGUAUCAAAUGCUACGGUUAUGAGAUAUAUACAACUGGUGUAACAGUCGCUCUUACCGCUGAUAACCGUAUGAAUCCGUUGUUUGCAGAAUCGAUAUUCUGUAAGCUAUCCAAUAAUACAAUUCGAAAUUAUUCAUCGAAUGCAUCAAAGUACGAUCUUUACUGUUGGAAUAAUUCAAAAACUUACAGUAAUAAUCUUCCGUAUCCCGUUUCUCAUGAUUUCACAUGUAAAGAUCAAUGUUUUUCGAAGUACAGAGUGAGAGAUGGAAAUCGUGAUUGUUUCUCAUCGAGUGAGGAGGGUUCGUCCAUUCUGGGAUCAUGUUCGUCGAUUCAAAGAUAUCGUUUUCAAUGCUCACAUCAGGAACACUCUUGCCUGAUCAUUGACAAGAUCGGAGACGAUAUACAACAAUGUUCAAAUAACUAUGACGAGAAUCUUUGGGGCGGCAAUACUAAACUAUUGUUUGAGGCUUGUCAUGAUCGGUAUGAUUAUAGCUGUAUGCGACUACGAAGUUACGUUGAAAUGUCCUCGAAACCGACAAAAACAGCAGAAAAUACUGGAAUUCCAUUUCUCAGGCUACCCUUUCGACAGUAUUGCAAUUCAUUUUUGGAUUCAGUGACGAAAGACGAUGAAUUAAGUGUACUUUGUCAGGAUUGGAGUUGUUGGAAAAAUUGGUUUCGUUGUACAACUGGACAAUGUAUUCUACGUGAAUGGGUCUGCGACGGUGAAUGGGAUUGUAACGAUGGUUCUGAUGAACAGAAAAUAUUCACGAUCAAAGAGUUUGACGAUCAUAAUUCUGAGGUAUGGAAUUUAACACAAGCAAAAAAAAAGUGUAAUGGACAGUAUCCGAUUAAAGGCAAACAUCCAUUUUCGAAUUGGUGUAACGUUCAAACCGAAUAUCCUUGUCUAUUGGCCAAUGUUUCCGAUCCACUGGAUUUCAUCCUCAAUCGACCUUGUAUAAGCCUAGAAAAUAUAGGGGAUGGACAUGCCGAUUGUAUUGGACAUCAGGAUGAAAAAAAUAUUCAGCAAUGUAACAAAGACGACAAUCACACAAUCGGUGCUAAUUAUUACUGUUCAACGAAACAAAAUUGUGUAAUGCAAGAUAAUUUAUGUGCUACAACUAAUCAAUGUCCAAAUAGUGGUAUUGAUUCUGUUUGUUUUUAUAAACAGAAAGAAGAACACAGUUCUGAAUGCAAUGGUGCCAACGAUUUUCGUUGUUAUGGCGGCGAAUGUAAAAGAAACGCUCGAUGUAAUUAUGGUACCGAUUGUCCAGACGGCGAAGAUGAGUAUUGGUGCUAUGUUAACAGAGAUCUUCUCGAUAGUUAUCGACGAAGAAAACGUGAUGGGCUUCGACCGUCGGUAAGACUUCCGUCCUAUCCGGUCGAUGGAACUGGGAAAAGUAAUGUAACAUCGGUAUCAACCAAAAUAAUCGAUAGUAAUCUGUUGAUCGAAAAUCGUGUAGAACGAGGAAAGCCAGUUGAUUUAAAAAACUUAUCAUUCGUCUGCCAACGAGGUGUAGCGAUUGAAAAAAAUUCUGAAACUAUUUGCCUUUGUCCUCCAUCGUACGCUGGUGAAAAUUGUGAAUUUUCGGCUGAUCGUCUUACGAUAAUAACACAUUUGAAUUUAACUGGUACAACGUAUUACGGAAUGUCUUCUACUCAAUAUAUUACAGCUAAAGUUUUAACAACAUUUUGGUAUGCAGAUCGUUUAAUAGUAGAUCAUCACAUCUUUCAUGUUAUUCCACAAAUGGAAACAGCAGAAAGUUAUGUUAAACGGAAGUUUUACUUGUUGUAUCCUCGCACGCUGGAGUUCAUUCGCGAAAAGCGUUUUAAUCGUAAUAACACACAAAAUUAUACUGUGCAAUUUGAAGCAUAUAUCGUUCGAAAUGAUUCCUCGAUUACUGUCGUUGGUAUAUGGAACUAUCCGAUUUACUUCGAUUUUUUACCAUCCUAUCGUCUGUCCAAAAUUCUUCGUUUUCCAACUAAUCAAUAUCCUUGUUUUUCCAAUCUCUGUGGCGCACAUGGCACUUGUCAUCGGUUUUUAAAUGACCUCAACUCUUAUUAUUGUUACUGCGAUAGCGGUUACUACGGCAAACUUUGUGGGUUGUACGAUAAUCGAUCUACAAUAUGUUCUUCGCAUUCUAUCGCUCGUCCAUAUCAUCGUGGAAUUGUUCAUGGAGAAGAUACAGGUCCACUGUGUCUAUGUCUUUUAAAUUAUUACGGCUCUACAUGUCAUCUGUUCGUUGAUCCAUGCUUGCAUCAUCAAUGUGAAAAUGGUGCUACGUGUUACCCAGCAUAUGAACCGAACGAUAUCGCAGCAUAUCAGUGCGCUUGUUCACAUUUAUUCUAUGGCGAUCGAUGUCAGUAUUUAAGACCACAUGCGCAAGUGGACUUUGUUGAGAAUAUUGAAAAUAUUAAUGAACCGUUAGUUACUAGUGUAUUCUAUUGCGAUCUCGGACUAUCAAAAGACGAUAUCAUUAUCGUACGACAGGAAGUCUAUAGUAGUCAGCCAGCUGAAUUGGACUAUUUACAUGAUGAUAAGUAUCUUCCAGCAUUGGGCAUACUGAAAUCUUACGAUGAAAACUUUUUCUCCGAACAUCGGCCGACAUAUUACUUGUUGUACAGCCAGGAAGACACCGUGACCCUUAAUAUUAAUAUAUCAUUAACAGCAAAAACGCGUUGUCCACAUACUAAAGAAAUGUUGGAUGUUAUUUUCCAAGGUAAGCUUCAGUCAGUUUCUUUAGAAAUUUGAGCUUUGUGCAGUACUAAAUUUUCUGAAUACUUGUAAUUAAAGCAAUUAGCACAGAGGAGUAGUGGAUUUUUUUCUUUUCUAUCACAUAUUCGGAUAGCUGAGAUGUUGAGAAUCACGAAUAAGUGUUCUCUGAAUCUUUUGGAAACUUGUUUCCGGUCAAAAAAUCGACAAAACUCGAAGGUGCUCGGAAAUCCGAGUUUUCGCCACUGUUUUGAAAGUUGAUUUUUUAAAGUCCCGUUAGAACUUUGGAAAUUUU